AGCCUAGAAAGGAAGUUGGGGGAAAAAGAGUUUUGCAACCAUUUUAGUUGACGUGCACCCACCACCUCCGCCUCCUGGAAGUGGGAAUUGGGAAACCGGGACGGCCGGAGACGGCGGCGACAGAAGGGAGGCGGUUGGCCAUAGGAGAAGGGAAGAGGAAUAAUAGCAUACAGAGAAAAAGAUUCUUUUGGAGGACCGGGAAAUGGGUUUUGACAGUUUGACUCGUAGCUAUAUUAUUUGUUUGGUACAAUAAUAAACUCAAGAAGAAAGAAAAGAAGCCCUCGUUUUCUUUCUUUUCUCCUUCCUUCCUUCCUUCCUUCUAGUUUCCUCUGUCUCAAUCAUAGUUCUGUGCUUUGCUUUCCGUCUGCAGUUUAACCUCUGUAAUUUUCUAUACCAUCGGACACCUAAACCCAGGAAAAGGUUCAAAUUUUGAGUGCAGCGGCGAUCCUAAUUCUUGAGCAGCACUGCGAACAUACUCCUUCCUCUCAUAUACAGAUAUCUUCCUGCUUUGUACAGUUUCCACUUAGGUUUUCGUAUUUUCUCUUCAAGGGCAAAGCUACAGAGUUGGGUUCUCAGCCUUUCAGCUUUCAAAUCCCCUGAACUAUGCGUCCUGAUUAUUGCAGUGAUUGCUGCAAGCUUUUCCGUCGUCUUCUUGAAAUAGGUUGUCCUGGGGACAGCUCUUCUUAUCAUGGCGUUUGAUCAGUGUAACUUCAUAUCUCGAGCUUGCUUCUGAUCAUCUGUUAUCGAUACUUCACUGGGUUUACCUCGAAGUUGUCCGCUUUCGACUUCUAUACCCCUUGAUUUCGUCCUUCGGAUUAGUUGCAGCAAUUUUCCAUAACUUUGUUUCUAGACACUUGGUUAACAUGAUUGAAUUAUAGGCUUCCUAUGUCAAUCGCCUGUUGCAUUCCGGUAGUGGAAUGUGUCUACUGUCUGGCAUGUGUUCGCUGGGCAUGGCGAAGGUGCAUAUACACUGCUGGCUAUGAGAGCGAGAAUUGGGGCUUAGCUACUUCUGAAGAGUUUGACCCUGUCCCCCGCCUAUGUCGCAUAAUCCUUGCAAAUUAUGAAGACGAUCUUCAUAAUCCCAUUUGGGAACCACCCGGAGGUUAUGGUCUUGAUCCUGAUUGGAUGAUGGUGAAGAAGAAUCAUGAACACACGGGUGGCAGGUCCAGUCCUUACUUGAUCUACAUCGAUCAUAAGAAUGCUGAUGUGGUGUUGGCCAUUAGAGGGCUGAAUUUGGCUAUUGAGAGUGACUAUGCCGUUUUGCUCGAUAACAAGCUUGGACAGACUAAGUUCUGUGGUGGGUAUGUGCACAAUGGCCUACUGAAGGCAGCCCAGUGGGUUUUUGAUACAGAAUGUGGAGUUCUCAGGGAGUUGAUCGAGAAGAAUCCAAAUUACCGGUUGACAUUUGCUGGACAUUCCUUAGGUGCCGGGAUAGUUGCAUUGAUGACGAUUUAUGCCCUUCAAAAUCGAGGUAGAUUAGGGAACAUAGAGAGGAAGAGAAUCAGAUGCUUUGCUGUGGCUCCUCCAAGGUGCAUGUCCUUGAACUUGGCUGUCAGAUAUGCAGAUGUUAUUAACUCAGUUGUGCUUCAGGAUGAUUUCUUACCUCGUACAACCAUGGCUCUGGAAGACGUCUUCAAGUCACUUAUCUGGUAAAACAAUAUUUCCCUUGUCUGCUUUGCAUAAUGUGCUUGAAGGACACUUGCACUCUUGAAGAGAAGGUGCUUAAAGAUCCAAGGAGGCUAUAUGCACCCGGUCGCCUGUAUCACAUUGUUGAGAGAAGACCCCUCAGGAUAGGAAGAUUUCCUCCAAUUGUCCGGACAGCAGUCCCGGUGGAUGGGAGGUUUGAGCACAUGGUUCUGUCCUGUAAUGCAACUGCCGACCAUGCCAUUAUCUGGAUAGAGAGGGAAUCUCAGAGAGCUUUUGAUCUAAUGCUGGCGAAUGACAGGAUGAUGGAGAUUCCAGGGGAGCAGCGGAUGGAGAGAAAGGAGUCUCUGGCACGAGAACAUUCCGAGGAGUAUGAAGCAGCUCUUCAGAGAGCCGUUGCUUUGGACAUCCCUCAUGCACAGGCAUCGUACGGGACAUUUCUCGACGCAGAAGAAGGAGAAACCUCUGGGGGCAGCUCAUCAGGGACUGCUGCAGCUGCUGCUGCAACUUCGUCGUCCUGGUCUUUCGGGAAAAUGAGGGAGAGGCUUGAUAGCUUUGUCGAUCGUAUGUUCGAUGUAGAUGAAUUUGGUCACAUGGUGUUUAAGAAGUCUGUCCCGUAAAUAAACUAGUAAAGUAAAACUACUUUGCCUGGCUUCGUUUUAUUCUACCCAAUCUUUAUUUUGGUGUGUUCAACAAGC